UGUGCGUGUGUGCGUGCGCGCGCGGGGGCACGAGGAAAACACGCGCCAGCAUACGCACCAGCGUCAUCCACCGACAGGGCGCCCUCCUGGGAGGAUGACCUAUUUUUGCGGGCCUUUUUCCGGAGGACGCCCCCUCGGCCGGCCAUAUUGAAAGCCUCCUCAUCAUCGCCCCCCUCCGUAUUGAUUGCCUGCUGCUGCGAGUUACACACGCUACAGGUCCGCGCGCCCGUUAGCGAAGAAAUAAUCCACCUCGGUCGAGGCGUCCUGCAGACCGGGCACGCCGACGAAGAAGCCACUGAAGGGCCCUCCCGCUGGCGCUUGCGAAUCUCAGCCAGUCGUUGAAGUCUGCUCACCUGCGCCGCGGCCUGCGCCAUCUCCUCCUGCGAUUUGGCCAUCUUUGCGCGUGUCGGGUAUCCUCGUGCUCACCGGCCUCCUUCCUCUUUCCCGGACUUUUGGUGUAUCCUCCGCCUGGUGUGCUGGGGUGUAACUCGACGAGCCGCUAGGGUCGCUGUCGUGCCGCAAAAAACCUCGGGAUGAUGUCUGCUCUUUUCCUCGCCCGCGCUGGCAUGCCGGCCAAUCGGGCAACUCUUAUCGGGGGAGCUCGGUCCAUCUCCACUUGGGGCUUGGUUUCGCCCAGCGCCACCAUCAAUCGUGGCUUCCCCCCGGCGGCGGUCCUGAGCCUGGGCCCAGGCCAGCCGGCCCCGACGCCUCUCGGCGUGGCGGCGGCCGACGGCGACGAUUCGGCCCCCCAAGAGAACAGCGCGCUGCCGGCCGCGCGGAAGUACUACACCAUUUGCGAGCCGGAGAACUCGCGCGUCAUGCUGGUGUCGACGCCCCUGCACCCGGCCAAUCCGCACAGCCCGGAGCGGCCGCUUCUGGUGGAGCAUGUCAUCGGCCUGGGGUUCCCCGGGCGGCGGCCUUUCGCUCGGCAGUCGGACGCCGAGCUGGUCCUCAAUCGGCCAACCUUCGCGGCGCCCCUGUACCAGGCUCACCCCGGGAGCGCGGAGUUUGCCUCACUGCCGGCCGCUACGCAGAAGGCUCUGACCCGGCACUACCAGCGCCUGGAGCAGCUGGGCGUGGCCACGCCGCUGGAUUACCCCUCGCACAUCCUGACACACGACCAUGGCAAUGGCCGUGUGCUCCUAUCGAACACGGUCACCGGCCAGACGGAGCUCCUGCUGCCGGGCGAGUCGCGCCUGGUGACCCUCCUGCGUGAGGCCAACCGGCAGCUCAUGCGUGCCGGCAUUAUUCGUCGGCUCCGGCGCAAUGCCAGCCCCAUGGACGAGGACCAGAUCAAUGCCUUCAACACCGAGCGGCCGAGUUGGCUGAUGCGCUGGCUGUCCGAGCGCUUCCGUCGCCGGCAUGGCUUUGUGUCGCCAGAGUGGGCCGUGUGUGCGGCCCCGGGCGAGCGCCGCUACCAGGUGGUCGAUCGGAAUACCCAUCGUUUGUGGGACCUGGGCCACAUGGAUCCCGUUCUGGGCCGGCCGCGGGCGCUGCCGGAGGACGAGCCGGUGCCGGGCGAUUGCUCGGCCGCCGCCCCGGACACCGAUCUGCUGGCCAUUGAUGGCGGCCAGUUGGUCUUCAUCAACCCCGAUGGGAGCCGCUCGAUCGCGCUCAUCGAGAAUCCGAACAUCAUCCCCCAGGCAUUCGCCAAGGAUGUCGCGGCCCUGGAGCAACAGGUGAUGGAUGACGAGACGGCCGCCGGAGACCUCAUCUCGGCAGCGGCCGCUGGCGGGGAGGAGCCCCAGACGCUGGAUGCGCCGCAAGAUACCCGGCCCCUGGCGUCGGACCAGGCGGAGGAGGAGCGCGCCCUCUGGCCGUACACUCUGACCAUUGCCCCCUUCCUGAUUAUGGCCCCGGGAAUCAACUACAUCGAGGUGGAGUUGGCCCCGCCGGAGGGCUGUGCCAUUGUCGGCAUCUCCGGGCCGCGUGUUGUGUCCGAGGGGUCGAUCUUCGACCGUCGGCCGCUGUCGCACAUUAACCGUGAGGAGUUGCAGGAGUUCAAGGAUGACAAUCAGAACUUCCUGACCAAUGCCUCCUUUGAGGUCCCCCCACAGCCGCCCGUGGGCCUGCCUCUGCCGACGGUCCAGCGCCCCCAGCGGUCGGCCUCUCUGACGCUGGAUAUGUACGGCUCUGCCGGGACGGGGCGCAUCCUGGCCGAUGUGUCGGUCUACAUGCGGCGACUGGAGAACCCGGCGGCCGGUGACGGCCCGCUGGUCUGCGUGGGACCCAUGUUUGUCGAGCACCGCCGCGUGUUGAUCCCGGUCCGGGUGUCGGUCCAUGCGACUGAGCUGCCGGAACUGGCCCGGCGGACGGCCUCCCUGCCGACGAGCACCAAUCCGGAGGAUGUCUACCGGCGCGAUGUGGAAACCGACUUCCGCCGGCGGAUCCUUGUCAGCCAGCACCAGCUGUACGUGGAUCUGGAGCUCCCGGCCGGGGAGUCCCUCUACCACCCGGCGCAGGCCAGCCCCGCUGGCGGGCAGUGAGGGGGGGUGGGAACGCGCCGGCCGCGGGAUCUCUCCCGCCCAGCAACGCCACUGUCAUCUGUUCUCCUCCGACCUGUGCCCUCCCCCCCCCCCCCCCC